AAUAGCCGCCUCUCACUGGGAAACUGGUAAGAUGGCUCAAGCUGUGACAGUUGAGUCCACGAUAUUUAAUGCUAUUUAUCUGUUCAAUUUUCCUUUUUUAUAUAUAUUUUUUAUUUUAUGUACAUUGGUGUUCUACCUGCAUAUGUGUCUGUGAGUGUGUCAGAUCCCCUGGAACUGGAAUUGCAGACACUUGGGAGCUACCGUGCAGGUCCUGUGAAUUGAACCCAGGUCCUCUGGAGGAAUAGCAAGUGCUCUUAACCAUGAGCCAUCUUUUUCAGCCCCAUAAUAUUUUCCAAAACUGAAAACACACAUGAUAUUUUAAGAAUGUUUAGGUCCUUCAGGAACAAAUCUUUUGGGGUUAAAAAAAAAAAGGAAACUAAAAGCUAAAGUAAGGUGAUCGCUAGAAAAAAGAGAAGUCUUGUCCAUAUCCAAUUUUAAAAUACUCUAUUUCUGUAUAAUUAAAAAUAACAAAAGUCUUCAGCUCCUACCAUCUUGAUCCUUGCCAGACUCUGAGGUCCAUAAAGUUCAAUGUGGCUUCAGCACGUUCUCAGGAUGUCAUAUGGUUGACAGAAAAACAGAUUCUCUUCUUGGAGAGAGGUAAGGUAUAAACAGAUAGGGGACAAGGCAAGGUCAGCAGUGCAGCUCCAGAGCAGUGGCCUGAGGAGGAGGAGUUAGAUGAGAGGUCCGAGGAAAGGAGGAGGAGUUAGAGAGGUCCCAGGGAAGGAGGAGGAGGAGUUAGAGAGGUCCGAGGAAAGGAGGAGGAGUUAGAGAGGUCCGAGGGAAGGAGGAGGAGGAGUUAGAGAGGUCUGAGGAAAGGAGGAGGAGGAGUUAGAAGAGAGGUCCGAGGAAAGGAGGAGGAGUUAGAGAGGUCCGAGGAAAGGAGGAGGAGUUAGAAGAGAGGUCCGAGGAAGCUGGUGAUGUGGUCUCUGACCACCAGCCCUGAGUCCCUGGACUCUCACCUUCAGGAAAAACAACGGAUUAUGCAUUUGAGAUGGCGGUCUCGAACAUUAGAUAUGGAGCAGGGGUUACAAAGGAAGUGGGCAUGGAUCUACAGAAUAUGGGAGCUAAGAAUGUCUGCCUGAUGACAGACAAGAACCUCUCCCAGCUCCCUCCUGUCCAAAUAGUUAUGGAUUCCCUAUCGAAGAAUGGCAUUAGUUUUCAGGUUUAUGACAACGUGAGGGUGGAGCCUACAGACGGAAGCUUCAUGGAUGCGAUUGAAUUUGCUAAAAAGGGAGCCUUUGAUGCCUAUGUUGCUGUGGGUGGGGGCUCCACCAUGGACACCUGUAAAGCCGCUAAUCUGUACGCAUGCAGCCCUCACUCUGAGUUCCUUGAUUAUGUCAAUGCCCCCAUUGGGAAGGGGAAGCCAGUAACUGUGCCUCUUAAACCUCUGAUCGCAGUUCCAACUACCUCGGGGACUGGCAGUGAGACUACCGGGGUCGCCAUUUUUGACUAUGAACAUUUGAAAGUAAAAACUGGAAUUGCUUCACGGGCCAUCAAACCCACCCUGGGGCUGGUUGAUCCCCUGCAUACUCUCCACAUGCCUUGCCAGGUGGUUGCCAACAGUGGCUUCGAUGUCCUUUGCCAUGCUCUGGAGUCAUACACCGCCAUUCCCUACAGCAUGAGGAGCCCCUGCCCUUCCAAUCCCAUCCAACGACCAGCAUACCAGGGUAGCAACCCAAUCAGUGACAUCUGGGCAGUCCAUGCACUGCGCAUCGUUGCCAAAUAUCUGAAGAGGGCUGUCAGAAACCCUGACGAUCUGGAAGCAAGGUCUAGCAUGCACUUGGCAAGCGCCUUCGCUGGCAUUGGCUUCGGAAACGCCGGUGUUCAUCUGUGCCAUGGCAUGUCUUACCCAAUUUCAGGUUUAGUGAAGACAUACAAAGCCAAGGAAUACAAUGUGGAUCACCCUCUGGUGCCCCAUGGCCUCUCUGUGGUGCUCACCUCUCCCGCAGUGUUCACCUUCACAGCCCAGAUGUUUCCAGAGCGGCACCUGGAGACGGCAGAAAUAUUAGGAGCCAACAUUCGCACCGCCAAGAUCCAAGAUGCCGGGCCUGUGUUGGCAGAUGCUCUCCGAAAAUUCCUAUUUGACCUAAAUGUUGAUGACGGUCUCGCUGCCCUUGGUUAUUCUAAAGAUGACAUUCCUUCACUGGUGAAAGGAACACUGCCCCAGGAAAGGGUCACGAAGCUUGCGCCGCGUGCCCAGUCAGAGGAAGAUUUGUCUGCUUUGUUCGAAGCAUCAAUGAAACUGUACUAAUUAACAGAUUAAUGAAAAGAAUCGCCAUCGGCCCUUACAACGGAAGCUACGAGAGCAGAAGUUGGUCAGGGCUGGCCUUUGCCGUCUUAUCUCCACACUUAAUUCCACUGUUACUGGCUUGAAUGUGACGUGAUUUUAUCCUUUGGGGGAUUCCUUUGUGCUCAUUAUGUAAGACCCCAGGAGUCAGUGUCCCUGCACCAAACCCCAUCAAAUACAGAAAUAUGCCUCUGUCCAGACACUGCAUGUCUAGAAAUUCACCCUGAAGAAAUACUAGCAUUAGUAUACAAAAAACAUGACAAGGGUGUAUCUGACAGUAUGGGUAGCAAAAAUUAAAACAAUCUAAAUCUUCCUUCCUAAAUGAAUCCUAAUAUAGUCAGUAAUAGAAUACUGUGGUGUUGUUAAUAAAGAUGAAGCCAAACUCUUGAAAA